AUGGCCCCCAGUAGCCUAACCUGCCAGCCACAUGGGGCACAAAGCCAGGAGAGCCUGAGGGUGCAAUGCGCCCAAGUCAUAGCUGAGUUCCAGCCAAAGCUACAGCACAUGUGCCUGCCAUCGAUGGAACUAAUGCAGUAAAUCUGGUAACGGCCGGCCCCGGCCCCACCUGACCACGCGGUUGUGGGGAAGUGGAUACGCGGGGCUGCCGCACUGCAUGGGAAGGUAACCCACACCCACGCCACAGAAGCAGUUAUACUGCGAGCGGAAGCAUGUGGGGUGGAAGCAGAGGAUCUCGCUCGGCAGACGGAGCCGGCGGGCGGGAUCCAAUACGUGGGACCACUGGAGUCUUACUCCGGGGUCCCGGCGGUCGGCAACGGAAAGUGGUCGGAGGACCGCUUUCUGGCGGCCGCAAAACGGACGAAGAGUGAAGGGGGCAAAGCCACCCGGAAAAGGUAG